UUUCCAUUGCCAGAUGUGUGACGGAAAGUUGGGCGGGACCAAAGACCAAACCAGUUGCCAUAUACAUAACUAAGUAGAACUAUCUUACGAUAACUGUCUCCAUUUUCUAUGUAUAUCCCAAUAGUAUUGACACAGCCACAAAACUACUAUAUUUUCAUUAGAUGAAUUAUUCAGAAGUCAUCAUGCCUGUGUGCACAAGGUGACGUCUCGUCUGCCUGCCAAGUUCCCGCCUGGGUUCUAGACAUUCAAAACACUAUGAUACCCGUAGCGGUCAGACCUUUGUUAGUUCAGUAGUAUAUCCUUUGAUUGGCACUUUAGAUCCGGGUUCUAACUUUACUCGCGAGUACAUAUCCCUCAUCACGGAAAGAUAACACUUGUUAUCGACGGUGUUAUUUAGUACUUUCAGUGUUAUAACCUUAAACCCACUGGUGGUAUGCCGCCGCCUUAAUGAUCUGCCAGGACUGGUAGUGUAGGUGUCAACUUCGAAGGCUAUUUUACUACCUCAAUGCCUAAUUCUGGCAGACGUCAUUGUUUUCUUUAAGAAGUUUUAGAUUGCCUACAGCAACCAUGAAGUUUAGAGGAAAGAUGACUGAAGGUGCUUGCAUCAAGCAGUUCAUAAAUAUUGUAAACACCAUAGCAAGGAUGUCUAAAAAUUGUGUCAUGCGCAUUACAAAAGAUCGUAUUUAUUUUAUCAUCAAUGAACCUGGUGUAUCUGCUGGGAACUCUCCGGGUUUGUGGGCAGAAUUAGAUCAAGGACAUUUCUUUAAUGAAUAUCACAUGGAAGGAGUAUCAGAAGAAAAUAAUGAAAUAUUUCUGGAAUUGCAACCAGCCAACGCUUUCAAUUCAUGCAAGAGUGGUGGUACAUGAUGUGCCAGUGCAACUUAUACCACGAAGACAGUGGCAGUUGUACAAUGAACCUGAAAUGCCAAACUUCGGAGCAUCAAUAUAUUUACCUCCACUUCGUCAACUGAAACACAUUGUGGAACGCAUGAAGUCUUUAUCGGCACAUAUAUGUGUAUCAGCAAACAGAUCAGGCAAAUUUAUUGUCUCAGUAACUAAUGAUGAUGUAGAUGUCUCCACACACUUCAAACAUCUGUCAAUGCCAGUUUGGGACAGUCAAGACAAUAGUGAAGCAGUUGAUCUUGAAGAAUUUCAUUCUGCAACUGUUGAUAUUAAGAAAUUUUCAUUGUUUCUCCAAGGGGAGCAAAUUAAUCCGACUAAGGCUAUUUGUAAUAUUGUAUCGGGCCAUGUGAUACAGAUGUUCCUCUUGCAUGAUGAUGUGACAUUGCAGUAUUUCCUGCCUGCAGCAGCAAAUGUUUGAUACUAGUAUUUUUCCAUAUUAUAAGCAAGCAGUUACAAUGUAUGUAUGGAUUGCAAUAUAUUUUUCUAACAAAA